CAUUUCCGCGUACCAGUACAUACAUGAACUAGUUCCAACUUCCAAGUAGGAAACUCAAGAGCCACACCACUCUUACUCUCAUCAUCAUUAUUUUUCCUUUUCUUUUUCUAGGUUUCUUAAAAUUCCCAUCUUUCUCAAACCUUCCUCUUUUCCUCAUACCAAAACCCAACAACCCACCAAAAAAAAAAAGAAGAAGAGAAAAAUGGAAGAAGCCAUGAGGCGGCUAGGCUGUUUUCCACAAACACCUUCCGAAUCCGACACUUUCUUCAACAAUUUAUCAACCACCUCCCCUGCAUCAUCAAAGAGAUGCUCCCCGGUAGCUUCCUCCGCCGCAAAGAAGUCACUCAUUAAAGACGGCGGUAGCACCGGCGGCGGCGGAACCAUGAGGUACCGUGGUGUGCGCCGCCGUCCGUGGGGACGUUAUGCGGCUGAAAUAAGGGACCCGCUGUCCAAAGAGAGGCGGUGGCUUGGGACGUUUGACACCGCGGAAGAAGCCGCUUGUGCUUACGACUGUGCUGCGAGAGCCAUGCGCGGCGCAAAGGCUCGAACCAAUUUCAUUUACCCAGCUUCUUCUCCUCCUCCUUCCCUUCAUCAGUCCACCCUUGAUACUAGUAAUCAUCUCAGUAACACUUCUUUCCCUUUCCCUACAAAAUCUUCCUCGGCCCAAUCUUCUCGUAAUUGGGCUGACUUAUCUCCUGCAUCCACCAAUAUUAAUCAAAGGAACAGUAUUAAUGGUGGUAAUCCGGUGAACAUGCUUUUCUUGCGUGACUUUUUCAACUCUUCUUCUUCAAACACCAACAUUACCACCAAUAAUCCCUCAAUCAGUACUAAUAACAAAUAUUCCGGGCCUCGGAAAUCCAGCAGUUCACGUACCAAAAAGCUUAAUAAUAUUCAUAAUCUGUCAUCAUCAUCUUGGUCUGCUGCUGGUACUACUACUACUAAUAAUAGUAUGAUGAGGAAUAAUAGUAAUGAUGUUAGUGAGGAUAAUAAUAAUAAUAAUAGUCAAGUGAACUGCUUGGAGUUCUUUCCAUCCGAGCCGUCGGAUUCUUCUUCUGGGUUGUUGGAAGAAAUCAUUCAAGGGUUUUUCCCUAAACGCAAAGCUGUGAAGCCUGAGCCGGAACCCGAGCCGGAGCCAGUCAUCAGCAUGGACAACAACGGUGACGUUUCCACCAUGUCAAUCUCCGGUGGGGUGAAAAAGAGGAUCGGGGAUUCCGCCUACUUUGAUUGUCACGUUCCAAUUCCUCAGCAGCUUGACAGUUUCAUUCAUUCCCAGCCUUUGGAGCCCCCGCCGCUCUACGGCUUUCCUACGCAAAGCCCUGGAGGAUAUGUUCUGCAAGGUGGAUCCUCGUUUUCUUCUUCUCAUGAAAUCAUGUUGGGUAUGGGUUUAGCCGACGGGUUCCAUCACUACCCGGAUCUUCUAACUGCUUUGGCCGCCCGGAUCGAAAAUGCUUCAAGUUCUACUUGAGAUCAUGUACUGUUUACAUUUGUAUGCAAAGUGAUUUUCUCUUUAUUUUCAUGUGAUCUAAUUUCAGUUAAUCAUGAGAGUAGUAGUUUAUUAUACCAAUGAAAAUGCUAGUAAUUAGAAGUAUAAUUUGCUACUACAAAUUAGUACAAUGGUCUCUUUUGAAGAGGGUUUGACCUUUCUUCGACUUGGGAGCUUGAAUGGAAGUCCAGGCCAAACCUUCUUUUCAUUGGCCAAUAAUGUGUGUACUUUGGACUUUGGAG